CCUCACCAAACCUACGCGGACAACGUUGCACAGUGUUUCUGUGCGAGUGCAGCUCAAAACACCAUAUCUGAAUUUCUAAAACCUUACCUAAAAAAGAUCAUUACUGUUCACCCUCUUGAAGUUAGGUGGCUGGUUGGUGUGGUGUGGUGUGGUGAUGCGCUGGGCGCGGACCGACUUUCGGCGGCAAUUUGUACGAAAGUUCAGCGGCCACCACCCUCGACCGUUCCACCACCACACCGGCUACUACUCUAUACACUCAUCAAUUACCUCUUACAUUAGUUAUCUACCUUCUUAGUUAGUUAUCUACCUCCUGAAUUAGUUACCUGCCUUCUAAAUUAUUACCUACCUCAUGGGUUGGUCAACUACGUUAUGCGAGGCUGCUGAGCAGUUUGACGGGGGCGCGCGCAGCUUUCCUUUCGCGAGCGAGCUCAGCAUUGUAGACAAAUAUGGGUACGAUCCGCCAAAUGAAGACUACGCGAAGCUCUUCUCCUGCCAGGCAACGGUUCCAAGCUCGAAGCGCAGCAGCCACCACAGACCUCACAGCGCAGGCUGGCUGGUCCCAACCGAGGACACCGACAGCGUGUGCAAGCCGGUCUUCGUUGCCCACUCUCUCCUUUCCGCUAUCUGGUUGCUGCACGAAUCGCUGCCAGAGGGGGCUCUGUCUGACGAGGCCUGGAAUCGCCUCGUCUGCGCAGCCUAGUCGCUUGCAGAAGGCACGGGGGAAGCACCGCCAUCCGCGCAAAAGCCGUCUGCCUCUUCUGCUGAUCGCAGAAAGCGGCCAACCCCUUCUUUGUGCGUGUUGUCGCCAAAGCGCGCACGCACGGA